AUGACGUUUGUUUAUGGGGAUCCUGUAUUAGACAGACGAGAUCAGGUUUGGGAACAUCUUACGCGUUUCUCAACGACAAGAACUGGACCUUGGUUUAUGAUAGGUGACUUUAAUGAAAUUACGUGUCAUGAGGAAAAAGUUGGGGGAAGGCAGCGACCUGCUAGUUCUUUCCUGGCUUUUAAACAGAUGCUUAAUGAUUGUGGAAUGUUAGAGUUCCCUUUCACGGGUGACAUGCUCUCAUGGGUAGGCAAGCGAGCAGGAGGGUCUACAGUUAGAUGUCGCUUGGACAGGGCGGUAGGAAAUGCGGAUUGGCAUGAGAAGUUUCCCCAUUCGAGUAUAAAGUAUAUGAGGCUGUGGGGAUCGGACCAUCGUCCGAUUCUUGCAGAUAUACUGGUAAAGCCAAUGAUGAGAUCAAAAAAGUUCAAGUUUGAUAAGAGAUGGCUAGAUAACGAGGAGCUCAGGCAAGUCAUCCUGGAGGGAUGGAAAUCGCCUGAUCUCCCUCCAGAUGCGUCUAUUAUGGAACAUAUUUCAAGCUGUCGAAAGGCUCUGGGAGAAUGGAGGAGACAACAUAAUAUUAAUUCUGCGAAAUUAGUGGAGGAGCUUAAAGAAAAAGUGGAGGCCAUGUAUGCGGAUAACAAUGCCACAACUGAGGAAAUUGCAGCGGCUUUGAAGGAACUCUCUGAGGCUCUUAAGGCCGAGGAGAUGUUCUGGAAGCAGAAGAGUCGGAUCUUUGAAUCGUCUAAUCCUGAGGACAUUGGAGAGGCACUAACUCAAGUUCCUACGACAAUCACUGGGGCAAUGAAUGAAAGCCUUACAGCUCCGGUAACGGAAUGGGAGGUCAAAUUAGCACUUUUUGCUAUGCACCCAGAAAAGGCCCCAGGCCCAGAUGGGAUGACUGCGCUAUUCUAUCAGAAAUUUUGGGAUAUUGUAAAGGAGGAUUUGACUCUUAUGGUCAAUAAAUUCCUUGUCGAGGGAACAGUGGUGAAUGGAUUAAAUGAUACGAAUAUAUGUCUCAUCCCGAAAAUGACCAAGCCUAAUAAUAUGGCUCAGUUCCGACCCAUAAGUCUGUGUAAUGUCAGCUAUAAGAUAAUCUCGAAGGUCUUAUGCCAGAGAUUAAAGAAAGUGCUACCAGGAUUGAUUUCGGAAACCCAGUCAGCCUUUGUUGCUGGGAGGCAGAUCUCAGACAACAUUAUGAUUGCUCAAAAAAUGUUUCACGCAUUGAGAACCAAGCCAAGUGGACGCAGUAAAAGGAUGGCCAUUAAGACGGACAUGAGCAAAGCGUAUGAUAGAAUGGAGUGGUCGUUUAUUGAAGCUGUCAUGCGUAAAAUGGGCUUCUCAGAGAUUUGGAUAACCUGGAUAAUGAGAUGCAUUACGUCGCGAGUUAAUGCAACUACCAGACAAGAGGUCAAAGAUGCACUGGGAAUACAAAAUGAAGGAGGGAUGGGAACCUACUUGGGUAUUCCAGAAGACAUAAGCGGCUCCAAGUGCAAAUUGUUUGCUUUCCUUAAGGAUAAGUUAAUGCACAGGGUAAAUGGAUGGACGGGUAGGUGGCUUUCAAAAGGAGGAAAGGAAGUAUUGAUAAAAUCGAUUUUGUUAGCUCUCCCGACUUAUGUAAUGUCUACUUUCCUGCUCCCUUUGGAGAUAUGUGAAAACUUAGCUAGUGCCAUUGCACGCUUCUGGUGGAGCUCGAAUCCCCAAAAGAGAGGAAUACACUGGGCGAAAUGGGAAAAGGUGUGUGCACCAAGAGAGGAAGGUGGGAUUGGGUUUCGUAUGAUCCAUGAGUUUAAUCUGGCAUUGUUGGCAAAACAAUUAUGGAGGUUGGUUCAGUUCCCAGAUUCAUUGGUUGCCCGGGUCUUGAGGGGAAGAUACUACAGAUUAAGUUCUCCGCUGAGAGUAAACUCUACCAAUAACCCAUCGUAUGUGUGGAAUAGCAUCUCUGCCGCAAGGAAGUUGCUACUACUGGGAAUCAGACUGAAGAUUCACUCAGGAUAUGAUGUUAAGGUGUGGGAGGAUCCGUGGAUCCCAACAAUCCCAUCAAGACCGGCGGCUCCUGUUGCGCCUGUUAUGCACCCCAACAUGAGAGUUAGCGAUCUCAUUAAUCAGACAUCGAAGGAAUGGGAUGUUCGGCUUUUGGAGAGCUAUGUCAACAUGGACGAUAUACAGCUUAUAAGGAGUUUAGCCAUAAGCUCAUCUCAUCGCCGCGACUCCUUCUGUUGGAGCUACACAAGAAACGGACAAUACACAGUUAAAUCUGGAUAUUGGGUGGCGCGGAACUUAUUAAAGGUGGAGGAGGAACAGGAGGUUUUGGAGCCAAGUAUCACCAAUCUUCAAGCUUUUGCUUGGAAGCUGAAGGCGCCUAUGAAGAUACGUCAUCUUAUAUGGCAGUUGUUGACUGGGCACGUGGCAGUAACAAGGAAUUUAGCAAGACGCAAUAUGAGAUGUGAUAAUUACUGCCCGAGGUGUGGAGAAUUAGAAGAAUCUGUAACUCAUGCCAUCUUUGAAUGCCCGCCAGCGCUACAAGUUUGGAGCCUAUCAGCAACCCCAACAGGCCCAGAGGCUAGGAAUGAAAAACUAUUCAGGGGGAUAGAUAGAGAUCCUUUGGAGUUAGUUCGAUAUGCAGAGAGUGAAUGUCGAGCCUGGUUUGAGGCGAAUGAAGUGAUACAACCAGUGCCACAAGGAAACAAUAUGGUGAUCCCCCAAGUCAUAAGCUUGGGCAACAUAUGCCUGUUAGAUGGAUCUUGGAUAGCAUCGGCCAACUUUAGUGGAUGUGGAUGGGUGUGGAUGGACAGCAGGGGGAAGGCUCAGCUUAUGGGGUUAAAAAAUAUUACUCGACGUGAAUCAGCCUUGCACUCGGAAGUUGAAGCACUACAGUGGGCAAUGGAGAAUAUGCUUCAGCACUCAACAUGUCAGAGCUUUGGGACGGAUUGUAAGGACCUGAUUGCUAUGCUAGAGGAACCUCAUGCUUGGCCAAGCUUUGCGACAGAAUUGGAGAAGAUCGAGACGCUACGGAUAUGCUUCCCGGAGUUCAGCAUUACUCAUUGUUAUCAUCUCGAGGGGGAGAAUUAG